GGUUCAAAUUUCUUAUUUUUGUUUCUGGUGUGGAGGAAGAUACCUACGCGCUCAUUGCUUUCUUUCAUAUGCUCAGCUCGCCAUUUUUGUACCUCCAAAUGAUAAGAUGGCAAAGCAGGCGAAUUCUGUUUUCCUCGAAGAAUGGUUGAAGAGCAUCAGCGGUAUAAGCAGUGGUUUUAACUCCAAAAUCAGUUCCUCGUCUGCUCGAGAAAUUAUCCAAGCAUGGGCUGAGCUUAGAAGCAGUUUGGAGCAUCGAUUGUUUGAUGAUCGCCACAUUCAAUCUCUCAAAACUCUCGUUAACUCUCAAUCGUCACUCUAUGUUGCUGACCCACAAGCUAAGCUGGUUGUUUCUAUACUAUCUUCUCCGAACUUAUCUCUUCCUGAUGAAUCGUAUCCUCUUUUCCUGAGGAUUCUUUAUAUCUGGGUUAGAAAAUCUCUCCGGCCCUCUUUAGUUCUUGUCGAUUCAUCCGUUGAGGUUCUCUCGCAAAUUUUUUCUUCCAAAAUUGGAUUGAGGAAGAAUCCUUUGUUCAUCUCGGAAGGGGUUUUGAUUCUUGGUGCUAUUUCGUAUGUAGUUUCAGCUUCUGAAAAAUCCAAAUUAUGCUGUUUGGAGUUGCUUUGCAGGAUCUUGGAAGAAGAAGAAUGGCUACUGAUUGGAUCAGUUGGAGGUACAGUUCCAGAAUUUUUUGCUGGGAUUGGUUAUGCUUUAUCUUCAUCACUGAAUGCUCAUGUUGUUAGACUGUUAGAUUCUUUAUUAGGAAUUUGGGGUAAGAUAGGUAGCCCUACUGGUAAUCUUUCUACUGGGCUAAUGAUUUUGCACUUGAUUGAAUGGGUGACUUCUGGUCUGAUUAGUCUUCAUUCAUUCAAGAAAUUAAAUUUUUUAAGCCAAACUGCUUUAGAAUCUUCAAAAGAAAGCUACGCUUCAUUUGCUGUUGUUAUGGCUGCUGCUGGAAUAUUGAGGGCUUUUAAUUCUUACAAAGCCUUGUUGAGUAGUUCAGAAAGAGAAACAAUAUCAAGAAUAAGAAUUUCAGCCCAGGAUUGCUUAGAAUCUAUAGCUAAGAAUUUUAUUUCCACUAUGGAAGGAUCUUCAAUUACAGGCAAUGAUGAUCAUGGAAGGAGCCUGCUUCUAUUGUGUAUUUCAUUGGCAGUAGCACGUUGUGGUCCUGUGGCAUCUCGCCCGCCUGUGCUCAUUUGCGUUACUUAUGCUUUGUUGACUGAAAUAUUUCCUUUGCAGCGUUUAUAUGCCAAACUUCUCAAAUUCUCGUUUGGUGAGUCGGGUGUGUUGGGGCUUACUCUAGUGAAAGAGCAUCUGGAUAGUAUUCCGUUUAAGGAAGCAGGGGUAAUUGCUGGUGUUCUUUGCAGUCAGUAUGCUUCAAUUGAUGAAGAUGACAAAAAAUUUGUAGAGAAUCUUGUCUGGGAUUACUGUCAAGACAUCUACUCAAGGCACCGACGAGUCGGUUUGGUGCUUCGUCAUAGAGAGGAUGAAUUACUAGAGAAUAUAGAAAAAAUUGCAGAGUCUGCUUUCCUCAUGGUUGUAGUUUUUGCAUUAGCUGUCACAAAAGAAAAGUUAAAUUCCAAAUAUACACCGGAAACACAGUUUGAUGUAUCAGUAAGAAUACUCGAUUCAUUCUCUUGUAUGGAAUACUUUCGGCGUAUUCGCAUGCCCGAAUAUAUGGAUACUAUCCGAGGAGUUGUUGCAAGCGUUCAAGAGAAUGAGUCUGCCUGUGUCUCUUUCAUUGAAUCAAUGCCCUCAUACCAAGAUCAAACACAUGGGCCAGAUAGCUCUAUUGGGCAGAAAUUACAAUAUACAUGGACCGAAGAUGAGGUGCAAACUGCACGUAUGUUGUUUUAUAUACGAGUCAUUCCAACGUGCAUUGAGCGUGUUCCUACCCAAGUAUACAGGAAGGUGGUAGCUCCAACAAUGUUUUUAUAUAUGGGACAUCCAAAUGCCAAAGUAGCCCGAGCUUCACACUCGGUGUUUAUAGCUUUCAUAUCAGGGAAGGACGACGACGAAGAUGGAAAUAGAGUGAUGUUGAAGGAGGAGCUUGUUUUCUACUACAUUGAGAGAUCUUUAUCAGGAUAUCCUGGCAUUACACCAUUUGAAGGUAUGGCUUCAGGAGUUGCAGCUUUGGUUCGAUAUCUUCCUGCUGGAAGUCCAUCCAUUUUUUAUUGUAUCGACAGUUUGACUGUAAAAGCUACAAGCCUUUGCAGUGAAAACUUCAUGGAUGAUGCUGAUCUGUGGAAGACAUGGCAAGGAGACUUGGAGCCUUCCAAGAAAAUUUUAGACAUGCUUCUACGGCUCAUCUCUCUUGUUGAUAUACAGGUACUCCCAAGCUUGAUGACGAAUUUAGCACAACUGGUCAUCAAGUUACCCUCAGAAGGCCAAAACAUGGUUCUUGAUCAGUUAUACUCCCUGGUUUCAGAAGCUGAUGAUGUUACACGCAAACCCUUGUUAGUCUCAUGGCUACAAUCAUUAUCUUAUCUUUGUUCACAAUCGAGGAGUGCCGAUGCUCACUCCAACGAGAAGCAAACUACACGGCUUUCAAAUUUUGCAUGGAUUGUUGACCCAUUGAACCGUAUUCGAUCCUAUGCACGACUUUGAGGUGUUGUCACCGAACGACCAACUUAUUUAAAAGAGAACGGUUUCGAGAGCUAGCCGUACUAGAAGGACCAAGCCAUGACAAACAAGAAGCUCGUCGACUCAGCUCCAACAUAAUUACUCUCAUGCUAUCACAUCAUUUACUCGUUUAGGUAUCGGUAGCAAUCAUCGAUACGAGAAUGAUGCAUUGUAGUUGUAGCUGAUCUUUUGUUACCAUGAUAUUUACAAUUAAUUUCAUAGCAUCAUUUUCUUUUAUUUAUUUAUUUGAGUUAAC